GACUUUUAUUAUAGUAAAUGAAAGGUGAUUUCAGUGUUAAAGUUGAAUGUAAACAGGGUAACAGUGGUUACCAUGGCAGCGCUAUAAACACAGCUGAGUUUCUGAGUGUGUUCAGACCAGCGCUUUAUUGAACUGGUGAUCACACUGUGCUCUACUGCUCUCUCUAGAACCUGCUCUACACCUUCACCAACUACACCAGUGAUUCUACUGAGAGUCACUGGUGCUUCACACAACACUGUGCCAAUUUAGCUCAGCUUCAUAUUCAAAUCCACCCCAUCUGCAAUUUAUUAGAGGAUUAAUCACUUUCCACAUUAUCCACUUUCCACAUAAUUCACUUCCAUAUUCACACACUACAUUCACAUCCACAUUUACACCCACACACUCCAUUCACAUCCAUUUCUGCACCCACACACACCAUUCACACACACACAUACACACACAUCUCCAAUCUUCACCAACAGGAUUAUCUCAACGUCUGCAUUAUGGCCAGCUCAUCUCGGCCCACCCAGGACAUCGUUCAUCCAGAAGAAGGAAAGAAGACAACGAAGAAGAGCAUGAAGAGGUCCGCCCUCCAGCUGUCCCCAGCACCUCUUGCUGUGAAGAAGCAGAAGAUCCAGGUGUCUUCACCUGCGUCUGCUCUCACGCACGAGAUGGUGCUGGACAACGUCUGCACUGCUGAGCUGCUGUACCUGCUAGGAGAGUUCCUGUGCCGCCGCUGCAGGAACGUAGGACGUCUCACUCCUUGGGUCUCAACGUCUUGGCUCCGCACUGUGGACAUGCUCCUGGUCGUGUCCAGAAGACAGAGGAAGCCCUUUCUCUGCCCGGGCAGCGUGGUCUUCCUCUACAUGCUGUGCCGUGACUGUGUCUCAGCGGAGGUGUCCAGCAAGAAGGAGUUGUGUGCAGAGCUGCUCAUCUGCUUCUACAUCUCGUGCUCUUACAUCGGCACUAAACUCGGCUACCGGGCUAGGUCUUUCAUGCUGGGGAGCGACGGGCAGGAAUUCUGGAAGCGCACACUGGACAUCACCAAGCGCAUGAGCCACAAGAUGCUGCAGAUCAACAUCUCUCCCCAGUUCUUUGCCCAAGUCCUUGCUGACCUGAAGAACAGGGCGGACAGUUAGAAGAUCCUGAGGAAGUGAGGAAUAACAGGAUUAAAAGAGGAUUUUAAAAAUAUAAGGGGUGCACGAUAUGGACAAAGAUUACGAUACGCGAUAAUGGAGUUGGAUAUCCUCAAAUGUUUUUCGGCACUUUGCAUGGCUGCACUUAUUUUUUCCAGGAUAAGAAGUCGUUUGGUGUCUGUGUUCACUGAUGUCCUCACUCUACCUCCAGCCUAGUUGUAUAACGUGAGCACAGUCUGCAAGCUGUGGUAAUGCACUUUCAAAUUUUCUUGGAAACUUAAUAUAUAAUUAUUAUGAUAAAAAUAGGAUUUAUUUUACAGCUCUAAAACAGAUUCAACAAGUUUAUACUUAUGUGUUGUGCUGUCUGGUGUCAACCAGAGGAGGACUGGUUCCCCUUUUGAGUCUUGGUUCCUCUCAAGGUUUCUUCCUCUUGAUCUGAGGGAGUUUUUCCUUGCUACUGUCGCCACUGGCUUGCUCAAAAGGGGCUUAGA